AACUCAAUAACGUCACGAAGCAGCAGUCCUUAAAGCGCCACCGCACUCAGCUCCGGAGCCGCAGGUUGCCGACCCCUGGAGGAGGCAAUGGCUCCGGGUGGUUAUUGUUUAUUGCAAAGAUUAUGGUGAGCCGUUAUUGGCGAAUGCUGUCAUUGGUUACUGUUGUCAGAAUGCGGUGUACUGGCAAACCCUGUGUAACGCAAUCUACUGCUGUGUAAGUUCAUUAAAAUAAUGCAUUUAAAAAAUCAAAUGAUAAAAAGCAGGCAAUGUAAGGGGCUUUCGCCACACGUGGCAGUGGCGCGGUGUGUAAUAUAAUUUGCGGUUGUGUGCAGUGGUUGCUGACUGAAUAUGCAUGAUGACCAUGUGUGUGCUGACUAUAUUCUGACUGUGUUGCCUGUUCUGACAGUUUGUGCAUGCGUGCUGAAUGUGCUAUGUGAAUGUAUGUUUGCCUAACUGCGAAUGUGUGUGCAUGUCAAAUGUGCGCUGACCAGAGUUGCAACAUGCGUCUAUUAGCCACAUCUAAACCCACUAAGGUGGGUGUCAUGAGUCCGAACACCCAUGACAUCCACAGUCGUAACUGUGCCACUGUUGAUCGCAGCCAAAAAGCGUUAUUUUAUCCAAGUGCACCUAACGGUCACAAGUUUCCAGCCUCGCAAACUAAAUGUCAAAAUUUCGAUUUAAAGCUUUCGUGACUGCAGGGAUUCAUCUUCUUGGUUCUUUCUGUAAAGUCACGUAGAAUGGAAAUAAUAAAUAAUAAAUAAAACAAUAAAAUAAUUCUCACGACGUUUUGGCAGUCUGUCGUCUCGACAGACCUGUUCUUCACCUGAGGACGGCUGCUUGCGUUGUGGCCGAAACGUGAGAAUUAUUUUAUUAUGUUUUAUUUUAUUAUUUCGAUUCUACGUGACUUUACCGAAAGAACCAAGAAGAUAAAUGUCAAAAUGCCCAAACAAAGAUCCAGGUGGACAAACCCGCAUCGUCUGUGUUUAUAAUUUAAAUCAUAUAUAAUGUGUAAAACAAAAAGGGUAAUGUUUAUAAAUAUUUGAUGUGUACAUUUUUAUAAAUAUUUGUAAAGAAAACAGCUGACUUGUAAUAAUGUGAAUGUAAAUCUUGACUGAAAGCUUUCAUAACGGCAGGAAUUCAUAUUCUUAGGGUCUUUCGAUGAAGUCACGUAGAUUGGUUUUUUUGUUAUUUUCUUAGAACCUCUCUACGUGACUUUACCGAUAGACCCAAAGAAUAUGAAAAUGUGAACGUAUUGUAGAGCUGUAAAAUGCUUAUGGUGAAGCGGCGUGGAUGUUCCAUGAAAAGUGAUAAUUGUAAAGUUUGUAUUUACCACUUUGGCACAUCUUAUCAAAAUACAAAAGUAUGCGAGUACAAGUGCUGCAUGUAAAAUUGUACGUGACUAUAUAGCUUCAUGUUAGUGGUAUGUUCAAUACUUUUUACAGGGAUAAUUACCCUGAAUGUAAACACCCAUAGCCAGCAAUCAAGACAUAAAUAAUUCACAUGCCUAUUUACAAGGGGGCACAAUAGUAACUGUUCACCUGCCAUAUGUCGCCCAGGUCGACAGUGUAUAACCUUCCACAAACCUCACUGGUCAUAUAAGGCAUUCUCCAGCAGCAUGUCGAUUUACUGCUCUCGUACGCAGAGGGAGUUGAAACCCGCUUGCUGCCGCUUGCCAACAUCUGCAGCCGCCGCUUGAGAGAGCUGCUAAAAAGGGGGGGGGGGGGGGGGCUUUGUGAGUUGCCUUCGAAGGCGGCAAGAACGAUGCGCGGAGAUGAGGGGGAUGGCCUCGCCUCGCUGCGAGGUGGCGAGGGAACGGGGGCCGUGUCUGUGACCUCCUUCGGUCGCAAGCCAAAGGUGAAGCACAAAGCGGCAUCGCGUGCCGAUGGGGCCAGUCCGCUCGGCCUUCUGCGGAAUGGGGGUGCGGUCGCACCUCCGCGUGGUGAUUUGCAGCGAGUGGUAAUAAACGUGUCCGGAGAACGGUUUGAGACGCAGUUGAAGACGCUGGACCAGUUCCCAGACUCGCUCCUGGGCCACCCGGACAAGCGAGCGCGAUAUUUUGACCCACUCCAAAACGAGUACUUUUUUGACAGAAGCCACGUCAAUUUUGAUGCCAUCCUCUUCUACUACCAGUCUGGGGGAAGGCUUUGCAAGCCUGUUGACGUGCCUUCGGAUGUCUUCAGAGAGGAGGUAGAAUUCUACGAACUCGGAGAAGAAGCCGUUGCAAGGUACGGAGAGAAUACACUUGACACCCCUGAAGAGGAAAACUUGCACGGAACAGACUUUCAGCAGCACUUAUGGCGCUUGUUUGAAUCGCGAGACGGUUCCAUCGCUGCAAAGAUGUUAUCCCUCGUGUCCUUUGUGGCGACUAUACUGUCGAUUACAGUCAUGUGUUUGGAGACACUGCCACAAUUUCGCAAAGAUAAUCAAGUUCAUGCCAAUCGUACCGAGUUCAGCAUUCGGGCAAGCAUCGACUAUCUCGAUCCUUUCUUCAUGUUGGAAACGGCGUGUGUUGUUUGGUUCAUAUUUGAGCUUGCCGUUCGCUUUUACGCCUGUCCAAGCAAGACGUCCUUUAUGAAGGAUUUCAUGAAUGCGAUCGACAUCCUGGCAAUAAUGCCAUAUUUCAUCACGGUUGUCUUGGAGAUUAUGCAACAGCAAGAUCAGACGCGGCAACCUUUGCUGAAGAUCAUACGCCUCGUAAGGGUCUUGCGAAUAUUCAAACUGUCUCGUCACUGCCAAGAUCUGCAAAUCCUUGGGCUGACGCUGAAGGCCAGCCUGCGGGAGCUGGCCAUGCUGAGCUUUUUCCUCUUCGUCGCUGUGGUCAUAUUCUCCGGUGCGAUCUACUACGUGGAAGCUGACGACCCGCAGAAACACUUCACCAGCAUCCCAGACGCCUUCUGGUGGGCGGUGGUCACAAUGACGUUGGUUGGAUACGGAGACAUGUGGCCCAUGACGGUGGGAGGCAAGAUUGUGGGUGCGCUGUGUGCUAUCACUGGAGUGCUCACCAUCUCUCUACCAGUACCCGUCAUUGUUUCAAACUUCAAAUACUUCUAUAAUCUAAAAAACAAGAAGGACAUUAAGAGAUGUCAUCGUUGCUAAAGCCACCUUACCCGCUACGCUUGACCUCCAACAUCUAUUCUGACAGUCUCCCACAUCUGGUCUCAUGAGGUCUUCCUCUUAGUCACCAGUCUCGUGGAGACCGGGCCUCCUCCAUCUCGCACACGUGCAAGUUAUGCAAUCUACUGGUGCUUUUGUGUUCAUGGCUUGAGAUAUAUUUAAAAAUCAGCUUUUCCUGGAUCCUCUGCUCUCUCUCUUUUACCUUCACUUCUCGAGUUUCUGCACACUCCAAAAUAUCUUACAUUUAACAUAAUAGACGGACUCUCUAACAUCUAAUGAUUCCGUCAUAGUCCUUUGAUGCUGUCCUAAUCACGUCACACCUCCUCCUGUAGUGCUUUCUACUUCCCUCCAUUCUUGUUCCUGCACGGAUUAAAAUCAGCACACUUUUCUUGAUAUUGCAGCGACAGUCAAUACUAUAUAGCAAACAUAUUGGGCUACACGGAAUGUAACCCCCCCCCCCCCACCAGUAUUUUUUUAAUGUAAUGUAAUGUUUUACUUGCUUGUAUUGUCUCAUACGUUAUUUUUCUCUCCAAUAAUCUAAAGUUGCUUUAGCAUAUAAUCCAUAUACAAUUUGUAUUUAAUGUGCAUUGAUUAAAAAGUGCAUUAAACACGUAUGUGCUACUAAGAAGGCCCAUUGCCUGAAACGUCGCCUUUUAUAUAUAUUUUUUCGUUUUAGGGCGAUAGUGUUGAGUUUUAUUCAUGAAUCAAAGAAUUGUCGCAUGCCUAAUCAUGUACAUAUACUCUUAUAUAUGAUGCUGCUGCCAUUGCAGUAAGUAAAGUAUGGGUAUUUUUUAGACUACCCUGGCCAUAGUGGACUGCACUCAUCUGCACUCAGGGCCUGGCGUGAACGGAUUAAAAAACGUGACACCAGAGUUGGCUGUGCUCGGAAACAGAGGACACUCCGACCUCCCCCGGUGGCAGCAUGGUCCCGAGCGGUCUUUCAAAUGCUCCCAUCUGGACGUAUCAGACCAAUUUAUAACGUCACGGAUCUACUUUUAAUAAGGGAAGGGAGAGUAGCAAUGCAAGAAUGGACCAAAAGCAGCGUGGGCCAACGCAUGCAGUGAACAUGGCCUAUAAACAAGGUCAUUCGAUCAUAAAAACAUUCAUACCAAUAUAUAACAGGUGACAUUUCGGGCAAUUAUAUAAGUUGCCCAUUUAGUAUUUUUCUUUCAAGGCACUGUUAUUCACGAAUGUGUUGAGUUUUACGUUAAUUGCGUUUGUGUGCCACGACCAACGCAGCCUUACCAAAUAAUUGAAAUAGAAUAAUCUCAUUAGAUUAAUACAUUGGUUGUUGCAUGCUGCCUGAUUUCCAUUGUAUAAUUAUUUCCUUUCGUGCUAUAGGCACUGUUGCAUGAAAAUAAUAAGAAAUAACACUUGAAAUUUGGUCAACGUGUUAAAAUCGUGGGUUGUACAUUAAAACAUGUAAAGUGUGCAGAGUUUUACUAGCAUGGCAAUGAGCAAUAGAUAUUCAAAAUUACUCGCUAGACAUAAUAUAUUGGCACUCGAAAUGUAUUGCUACAGGAUACUGCAUCUAAACUGGCCCCAAAGAGUGACCAACGAGCCCCCUGCCCGUGAUUAGAUUUUGAUAGACUUCGCAAGCUCUAGAUUGGCAUCUGGGUUAACUGGAAUCAGGAUUAGGAUUUUACUCGUGCCUUUGCCUUGAUUUGAUCUCGCCUUCAGAUAACUUUGAUAUUUGGCUUGGUACCCUGCAUUUCCUCUUACAUUUGAGUUAGAUCCUUGUAGUGUUGCUGUUUUAUAACCUAACCAAUUACUUUUGACUGCAGUUAACUUUAAUCCUACUCUUGGAUUGGUUUCAAUUUCCUCCUAACCCUAAAAAACAUUGCAUACGCCAUUGUGUUGUUCUUUGCGACUCCGUUUAUUCGAUUUCUCCUUGCUCCGGCCCUUGCCCUGGAAUCUGGUUUUCGUCACAUCCACUGCCCAAGAUAAAUUCAUCCCAGACUAUUGUACAACUCGUUGUGUGUUUUAUUUAAAGCCAUUGUAAAUUGUUACAAGGGUGAGGAUGAAAACACUUUUCUGACGAGACAAGUUGUGGACCUCCUAAACGAAAUCUGGUCUUGGCAUUUUGUAAGUUCUCGAAUGUUGCCUUCCUGGAGGCGAAA